AGGUGUGAACUGGUUCCAGGUGAGGGUUGGAAGUCGGCUCGUCUUCAGGGUUCAUCACUUCAACACAUCCUCCAACCGAUGGACUUCACCCUCCACCUGGCAAAGUGCAUGGUGGCCAAAGACGCCCGGAUGCCCAGGUUCAAGGUGUCUGGCGAACUGCCGCUGCUUCAUGUGAAGAUUUCGGAUCAGAAAAUCCAGAACGUUUAUGAGCUGGUCAACAGCAUCCCCCUGCCAGACAUGGGCUCCUCCCCCUCCACCCCCACUGAGAAGGUUCUGUCAUUGGCUGAGGUCAGACCACGAGCGUUCAGUCUACCCCCCGCCCUCCUGGACACCUUGGGAACAGACUCUGAUGAAGACGUCAGUGAGAAGUCGACGGAUGAAGACCUGCAGCGCACGGCUCUGGAGGAACUGAUCGACGUUCACUUCCAGUUUGAAGUCAGAGAGGUGCUGUUGGAGCUGACGCGGCAGGUGGACGAGGAGAAGACCGUCUUGUCCUUCAGUGUCUGUCAGCUCGGAGCUGAAGGGAAGAGGCGGAGCUUCGACCUGAGCGUCACCUCAUACCUGCGCAGCGUCACACUUGACUACUGUGGAGACGACAGGACUCGUCCUCUCCACCUCAUCAGUUCUUCAGAGCAGCAGAGUUCAAACCUGCUGAAGGUCGAAUUCAUCAAG